UUCUCCUUCGGUCCAGAGAAAAUGAAUUCUCCGAGUUUUCCUUUGGUUUUGUCUUGUUUUUAACCUUCACACGUUAAUUUCCAGGGUUUCCCCCUCCUGGUUCCAGACAGCACCGAUCAUGAACUCAUCUCUGAUCGUCGUACGUCACUGGGUAAGAGAAGACUGGAAGCAUGUCGGAGUUUUGGUUAAUUUCUGCCCCUGGCGAUAAGGAAAAUUUGCAAGCUCUGGAGAGGAUGAAUACUGUAACCUCUAAGUCCAACCUGUCUUAUAAUACCAAAUUCGCUAUUCCUGACUUCAAGGUGGGGACCUUGGAUUCCCUGGUUGGCCUCUCUGAUGAGUUGGGGAAACUCGACACCUUUGCUGAAAGCCUCAUAAGGAGAAUGGCUCAGAGCGUGGUGGAAGUCAUGGAGGACUCAAAGGGGAAGGUCCAGGAGCACCUCCUGGCAAACGGAGGCUUGAAAGGAAAAAUGAAAUGUUUAAAGAUUGACUUAACAUCCUUUGUGACCCACUUUGAAUGGGACAUGGCCAAAUAUCCUGUCAAGCAGCCGCUCGUGAGUGUGGUGGACACAAUAGCCAAGCAACUGGCGCAGAUCGAGAUGGACCUGAAGUCCCGAACGGCCGCCUACAACACUCUGAAGACAAACCUGGAGAACCUGGAAAAGAAAUCCAUGGGGAACCUCUUCACCCGGACACUGAGUGAUAUUGUGAGCAAAGAGGACUUCGUGCUGGAUUCUGAAUAUCUCGUCACACUUCUGGUCAUCGUCCCCAAACCAAACUACUCACAAUGGCAAAAAACCUACGAAUCUCUCUCAGACAUGGUGGUCCCUCGAUCAACCAAACUCAUUACUGAGGACAAGGAAGGGGGCCUUUUCACUGUGACUCUGUUUCGAAAAGUGAUUGAAGAUUUCAAAACCAAGGCCAAAGAAAACAAGUUCACUGUUCGUGAAUUUUACUAUGAUGAGAAGGAAAUUGAAAGGGAAAGGGAGGAGAUGGCCAGAUUGCUGUCUGAUAAGAAGCAACAGUAUCAAACUUCCUGUGUUGCUCUUAAAAAGGGAUCAUCCACCUUCCCGGACCACAAGGUUAAGGUAACCCCGCUAGGUAACCCUGAUAGGCCUGCUGCGGGGCAGACCGACAGAGAGAGAGAGAGUGAGGGCGAGGGUGAGGUAAGCAACGCCCUGGGAACCCCGGGGUCCCUGGCUCACAUCUCCUCGCCAGCUCAGGCGCCUUCUGGGAAAAUGAAUCCUUGCAUUUUUCUGUUCUCUAAUAUGGCUUUUGAGUUCUUAAAUUUGAGGAGCCGGAAUCAUGCCUUCCUCCUAAUCUGCAGGGCCUCUUUGGAGCUGCCCCCGCCAGCAGUGAAGGGUGCUUGUCAGCCAGGGCACCUCUCCCCGGGUGCCUGGCUGGAGGUGGCUGGAGCUGGGACGGGCAGGGCCCUGGCUGGGGUGGUGGUUGGCAGCUCAGCUCUCCUCCCUUGGCUGCCCUUGCUGAACCCAUCCCUGACCUUUGUGGGCAGUUGCAGUGUCAGGUGGGAGCUCGGGGCUCUUGCUCCAAGACUCUUGAGCUCCCAGGAAGACCUGCCACACCGGCAUCAGUGGCUGCUGCUGUGGCCACGUGAGGUGGGGCUGUGAGGGGAGGUGGCUGCUGUGGAUGACGCCAGGACCCUGGGGGCAGAGCCUCUGGGAAGGUGGGCUCCCUGGCUGCGCAGUGUCAGGCAGAAGCCCCUGGCUGCCUGCUGAAAGCCCCAAGGUCAGGGGCUGCCCAGCUCCCCACGCUGCGGUCUGUGGUGACCCCGUGCAUGCACUGGGUGGCUGGCCCGCUGAGCUUCCCCGGCACCAGGUGCCCUGGACCUCGAGGUCCUGAGCCUGACCCAGGGCUGGUCUGACUGACUCUCUGCUUCUGGCUCCUGGGCACUUCUUCUCAGCUCAGGGCGUGCUCUGUCAAAACCCAAGUCCUUUCUUGGCUCCGUGUCAGGCGGGGUGGUCAGCAGGGGUCACCUGGCUCUUCUGUCUUUGCAGGGCCCCCUGCUGCGCUGGCUCAAGGUGAACUUCAGCGAAGCCUUCAUUGCCUGGAUCCACAUCAAGGCCCUGAGAGUGUUUGUGGAGUCCGUGCUCAG